AUGGGUCUUCUGCACAUCGCCACCUUUUUCCUGGCACUCGCAUCCACGGCGGUGUCAUUCCCAACUUGGAACGACGACAAUGUUCAAAACGAUUCUGUUGUCGUUGAGAGCCUCGUGUCCCCACCACUGGGAUGGGUGAAGGACGAGACCAAACAGUUUGACAAGGAGGUCAUCCCGAUCCGACUCCGUAUACAUCUUUCCCACCAGAACAUGGACAAAUUCCACGAAAUCGCAUUGAGGGUCGCGACACCAGGCAACCACCAGUAUGGCGCCCACAUGCCCCAGAAGGCUAUCGACGACCUUAUCGUCCCAAGAGACGAAACUCGAAACUUGGUCAUGGACUGGCUCGAGAGCGCCGGCCAUGGUGGAAAUGCAACGUACUCGGCCCGUGGCGACUCGAUCAUCGUCUCGACCAGCAUCGCCCGGGCCGAGAGGCUGCUGGACGCCGAGUACAACGCAUACCGCAACACAGAAACAAACGAGGUUGUCUUAAGAACCCUCCAGUUCAGUCUUCCCGGUACUCUCACGGGCCAUAUCGAGAUGGUCCAGCCCACGACAUUCUUCGGUUUCCGCGCCUUCAGGUCCAGCAUCUCACGUCUCCGCGUUCUGAGCCAGGAGGCCAGCGAUGCCAUGGAACAAUCGGCAGGCUCGGUCGAUGGCUGCACCGGCUUCAUGACUCCGCCUUGCCUGGCCAGCCUUUACGACUUCAAGUCAGCAGGGAACUACACCACGGGCCUCCUAGGCAUUGCCGGCUUCCUCGAGGAAUACGCCGCGCCCUUUGACCUCCAAAGGUUCCUGUCUAAAUACAGUGUGCCAGGAAGCGACACCUCUCAAAACUUCACCUGCGUCGGCGUCAACGGCGGCUCUUGCCCGACGGGCCCCGAAAAGGCAGGCAGCGAGGCCAGCUUGGACGUGCAGUAUGCCCGCGCCAUCGCCGGGUCCAUCCCCAUCACCUACUACAGCACGGCCGGGCGGGGGAAGUGGGUCGGCGACGGCGUCAACACCAACGAGCCCUUUGUCGAGUUCCUCGACUACCUUCUCGCGGAGGCUGACCCCUUGCCCAACACGCUGUCCAUCUCCUACGGCGACGUCGACUCGACCAUGCCAGACUCGUACGCCAGACACGUCUGCGACCUCUUCAGCCAGCUCGGCGCCCGCGGCGUCUCGGUCCUCGUCGCGAGCGGUGAUUGGGGUGUUGGAACCACCAAGGAUUGUACCACCAAAGAUGGCCACAACCAGUUCUCAACCCUCUUCCCCGCGUCCUGUCCUUGGGUGACCACCGUUGGCGGCACAACGUUCACCAACCCCGAAUUCGCAUGGACAUCGGGCGGAGGCGGCUUUUCCAACCUGUUCCCGCGCCCAAGCUACCAGGACAAGGCCGUCGAGUCCUGGCUCGCCUCCGGCACGGCGGACGCCAUGAGGCCCUACUUCAACGCCUCGGGCCGCGCGUACCCCGACGUCGCGGCACAGGCGCAAGGGUUCGCCAUCGUCAACAACGGCAUCGUGGACCUGGUCUCCGGCACGAGCGCCUCCGCGCCGACCUUUGCGGCCAUCAUCCAGCUCGUCAACAGCGACCGCAUCGCCAAGGGGAAGCCUGCGCUGGGGUUCCUGAACCCCUGGCUGUACGCGAACGCGAGCUCGUCCCCGGCCCUGACCGACGUCACGAAGGGGGGGAUCAUUGGCUGUGGCAGUAAGAUCUCUGGGGCUGGGUUUGACGCCGUCUCCGGGUGGGACCCGGCGACGGGCCUGGGGACGCCCGUGUUUACCGGGCUGCUUGCUCUGUCUGACGAGAUUUAG